AUGUUGAGCGUGGUCUGCGCGCUGUUACCGGAUGACCCUUACGAGUUCAUGACGAACCAUGUCGCGUCAAACCGUCCUGCCCCACCUCCGCCGGAGAGCGGCCAGCUGGGCAGCGGCGCAUUGUGGGUACUGCUCCCGGGUGGAGAUCCCCAGUGUGCGGAACACUGGAGAUUGCGGCGCUGUUGGCUGACAGGCAGAGGCACACUCUGCGUCAGCACAUCUCCAGCGACAGUCCAGCAGGAUGGCAGCAAGUUGAUGUAUCGGGCGCCCGACAACAAGGCGCCGACGAGUUUUUCUGUGGAAGUGGGAAGCUCCUAUGGUGAGCUUUCGGAGGAUGAGGCUGCCCGCCCCUUUGGCUUCCAGGUGAAGAACAAGGGCUCCAGCCUGCUCCUCGCGGCCGGUUCGGAAGAGCAGCGGGAUGAGUGGUUCAACCUUCUUGGCCACUUCUCAGACCCCGAUCGCCGGAAAGGGCCGCCCCCAGCUGUUGGAAAGAUCCUGUCCCCGCGUGCCGAAGGACUUGGGGGCACACAG